AAGGCAUUAAUUUAAUAAAUUGCUCUAAAAUUUAAACUAGAUUUAACGUUUUAAUUACACUUUGCCCAGUUUAAACGAGUGGUCGGUAACGUGAUUGAUAAAGCGGUUAGAUAAAUGUUUAGAUUCGGUGAGGGGACGUAAGCCUAAUAAGUCCAGACGAGGAAAUAAUAAUUUCCUUUUAUAUAUUACAGAAAAAAGGUUUCGAAAUAUAGAAUAAGAAUCGAAGGCAGCGGGUCGACAUGCACCUGCCAAAAUGCCUUUGGCAGUAAAUGGUAUCAUUAUUGAAGAUGUACCCUCGGAUACAAGGACUUUAUUUGAAUUAUACCCUCAUCUUAAGGAGGUGGCAGUGUCCUUGAUAGCACAGGUUCCUAAGGUUAUUGGCCCUGUGGGCCUUCUAUAUAUCCAUCAAAGGGAAUUUGCUGUGACUGGUUUACAUGACAAACAUAUCAAUAUAUUAGGAACUGAUGAUGCCACCACUUGCAUUAUUGUGGUUUUAAGACAUACAGGAUCUGGAGCUGUUGGACUUGCUCAUUUUGAUGGAUCUGGUUUACAACAAGGAGUGGCCAACCUUGUUAGACGUGUAGAAGAUUUAUCUUUAAGUGCUCCUGAAGGCAGGUUGGAAUUACAUAUAGUAGGAGGAUUUCUUGAUAGUCGGAAUUAUUCGGAACAAUUAGCCAUUCAACUUCUGUAUGCUUUCCACAAACAACCACUUAAUAUCCACUUAAUUACUGCCUGUAUAUGUGAAUUGAAUAAUUCACUACGAGGGAAUAUUAAUUGGCCAGUAAUUUACGGAAUAGGAAUUAAUGUGAAAAGUGGUGAAAUAUUUCCAGCAACAUUCCCUGAUAAAGGACCAGAUCUUCAGCUAAGAUGUGCCAGGCAUUUUACUGGAUGUUACGAUAUGAUAGAUACUUACGAUUACAACUUGGGAGUGAUGAGAAUUGGACCAUUCAAUUAUGAACCAAUGCGUGGAAUAAAUCUUUGGCUAUCACAAAGUGAUGAUUUUCUUUUACAGCAUCUUUCAACUUCUCCAGAAGUCGAACCUCCACAUUUUGCAAUGCAAGUCCGAGAGACGUUAAAAUACAUCCAGCAGCAUCCUUUUCCGGGAGUGACUGUUUUUCCAGACAACAGGCCUCAUUUCUUUCAGAAAGAUGAGAGUGGGAUGUGGGUACAAAUCUGUUAUUAGCAUGUCAAAGUACAAUCAAACAAUAUAUAAAUGGAGGACACGCAACUUGGUCUCCAUUUUUGUAUUUCGAUUCCAUUUGGAAUUAAACACUCGUUAUGGAGCCGUCGGACUGCACAUAAAUGCAUAUAUUUAGAUGAAAGUUUUGUAGAGAGAAUGCCUUUCCAAUGCAAACUUUUUGGCCAGACAAUGUUGCAUUUAGCAUUUUUGUUCUCUUUUUUGUGUGUGUUUAUGGUAUUGUGAUAAGUCGAAUUUAGUAAAGGACCACCUUAAUUGUGUUUAAGCCAUUUGGUUUUGUCAGAAUUCAGGUUUCUACUCAAGUAUAGAGAUUUAAAUUGCAAACUGUACAUUUUUCUUGUUAUUAACACAGAUUAGUGUAUAUUUUUUAUUUUUAACAAAUUUACUGUAGUUAAAUUCUUAUUUCUCUCACUGUUAAGCGAUAUACUGACACAAAAUAAUUUUUUACUCUCUCCAAAUGUUUAGCUAUAAAACACUCCGCAGCAUCUAUAAACAAUGUUUCUAUUGUCGAACAUUCUGCCACACUGGCACUGUUUAUAUUUUCAUACUGCAAUAAUUAAAAAAAAAAUGAAUUAUAGAAUAAGCCAUGUUACAAGAUAAGCAGAAUGAAUUGUUGUAAAGAUGAUAUUUUUCUCUCAUGAAUAGUGUUCAGUAGAUGUUAGAUAAAUUGUUAUUUUUUACCAGAAUAUUGUUAAAAGAUUACUAUAGUGAUUAGUGCCAA